AUGUUUAGAACUGCGUUCAGAUCAGUAAACCAACCAUUGGUUCAGAAGUUCAUUGCCGGAGGUGUCGGUGCCACCGGUUUAACUGCAUCAUAUUUAUUAUAUCAAGAUUCGAUGACUGCCAAUGCAAUGACUGCUGCGGAACACGGAUUGCACCCUCCAGCUUACGACUGGCCUCAUAACGGUAUGUUUGAGACAUUUGACCAUGCAUCUAUCAGAAGAGGUUUUCAAGUCUACAGAGAGGUUUGUGCAGCAUGCCACUCUUUGGAAAGAAUUGCCUGGAGAAAUUUAGUUGGAAGCUCACACACAACUUCCGAAGCUAAAGCUAUGGCCGAAGAGAACGAAUACGAUGACGAACCAGAUGACGAAGGUAAGCCAAGAAAGAGACCAGGUAAAUUGGCUGAUUAUAUCCCAGGACCUUAUGAAAACGAGCAAGCCGCUAGAGCUGCAAACCAAGGUGCGUUACCUCCUGAUUUGUCAUUGAUUGUCAAAGCCAGACACGGUGGAUGUGAUUACAUAUUCUCAUUGUUGACUGGUUACCCAGAAGAACCACCAGCAGGUGUUGUAUUACCAGAAGGAUCGAACUAUAAUCCAUACUUCCCAGGUGGUGCAAUUGCGAUGGGUAGAGUCUUGUUUGAUGAUUUGGUUGAAUAUGAAGAUGGUACACCAGCAUCUGCCUCACAAAUGGCCAAGGAUGUCUCAACAUUCUUGAACUGGGCAUCAGAACCAGAACAUGAUGAUAGAAAGAAAUGGGGUUUGAAGGCCAUCAUAGUUCUUUCCUCCUUGUAUUUAAUUUCCAUCUGGGUCAGAAGAUUCAAAUGGACCCCAAUCAAGAACAGGAAAUUCAGAUUUGACCCUCCAAAGAAGUAA